AUGGACUCACCUGCAAAUAUUGGUGAUAGCACCACUUUAUCAAUUCAACAAAAAUUAUCAAACACACAUAUAGAUGGCAUUGUCGACACCCAAAUCACUGCGGCGGUACACUCUGGGAUCAAAGUUAUACAAUUGCUGGUAAAAAUCUCAGAUGAGGCUAGUAUGACUCCAGAGAAGAGCAAAGAUGAGAUAAUUGUGCUAAGAAGAGUACAAGAUUCAUUUAUCAAUGCGAGUCAAUUACUUCAAAUACUUGUUAGGUUAAAUGUUUUGGCGCAAACACAAGUGAAAAACUAUUUGAAUAAUGAAGUUUUGUCUAACUUGGAGUAUUUUGGAAAUCCUACCUCAAAAGAUGGUUUACAAGUUUUAGAUUAUUCAAAACAUGAAAAUAGAUCCCUUCGUGGAAUCUGGGUUCCUUACAACAAGGGAGUCAAGAUUGCAUUGGAUUUCGAUAUCUAUGACAUGACAAAAUCGUUGUUUCUUGUUGAUGUUCAUGAUUAUGAAACACUUCCCAAAUACAAAAAGAGAACCUUAGAUGGUGAUGUUGUUUUAAGCAAUGAAGGGCAAGGAUCUCCUUCCAAGAGACAAAAAACUAACGAAAAUCUCAACAAGUCUUCAGACUCUUCUACAACUAAAUCAACUGAAGUGGAAAGUAAUCCAAAUUUUCCUUAUACGCUCCCGCCGGUGACAUUGGAGGGUACGAAAAUGGAUCUUGCGAAUGACAUCAAGCGGGUUCUUGGUGAGGUCUUUAAGAAAGAUGAUCAGUCUGAGAAUGGGGUUUCUGUAAGUGAUUUGAGUGCAGAGUUUGAGCUGAUUCUCAAAAACUACGCGAAAGAUGAUAUAAAAGAUAUACCAUUGGAUCAACGAGGACAAACAGCACUACACUUUGCACUGACAUUGGCAUCUGCAAACCUCGUUUCUGGUUUCAUUGAAUUGGGUCUCAAUUCUCCAACUCGGGGUAAUAUCGAUGGCGAAUCUCCAUUGAUUGCAUGCAUUCUGGUUACAAAUGCUAUGGAAAAGGGGAACUUCAAAGAGAUAUUGUCGCAAUGGCUACACCCUGAUAUCUGGCUUUUAGAUAAAAAGAAUCAAACCGUGUUGCAUCAUAUUGCCUUACAAUCAAGUAAAAAUGAAAGCUACAAAUAUUACAUUACAAAAUUAUUGGAGCAUGUUCUAUUGAAUGGCGACAAGAAACUUGUGGAAUUCAAGGAAAAAAUUUUGAAUGCCCAGGAUACCAACGGCAACACAGUUUUGCACAUUGCAAUUGAAAAAGAAAACCGCUGGCUCGUGAAGCUAUUGUUGGAACUCGGUGCUGACGCAAGCAUUGCUAACAAACUUGGAAUCAAAUGUCAAGAUUUUGAAAUAUUGAAUGACUUGUCGGAAGUGAAUGUGGACGAUCACAUUUUUGAUUUAAUCAAAACUAGUAAAGAGUUUUUUGAGGAACGCGUCAAUACUGUGGGAAUGGAACAGAUUCUGGACUUGGAACAGUAUAACGGUGGCAAGCCUUCAACAGCUCCCGAUUCAUCACUGGUUAUUCUGGGAAAUGUUUCCGACAAAAUCUUUCACAGUAUCCAUCAAUUAUUGUCUGAUACUAGUCUGGAAUAUACUAAUAUAUUAAACUCCAAAAGAGAGCAGAUUAAAGCUUUGGAUCUGGCUUUACACGAUGCAACUAUCGUUACUGCUAAUAAUCGAUUCCAAAUAAAGAAAUUGACAGAAAACUUGGAAAAACUAGACACCUUCAAAUUGCAAGCUGCAAACGUAUCAGAUAAAUUACUUUUAUCGCAGCAAGAAGUGGUCGCUGAAGAUGAGGUCAAAUUUGAUGACAACCAGCAAUAUGAUGCUGACGAGCCAUUUAUCAUACCACAACUAUUCAACAAGCUAUCAAACAACGAAUCGGUUGAGAAUCUCAAGAGUGAUGAGAAUUUCCUAAGACAACUACCGCCUACAAAGAUCCUCAAGGCACGAUUAAAUGCUUAUAGACAAAUAAAUGCAAAGUUGGAGAAUGAACUACAAAGUUUGAUCGAUUACAGUGAAUUAACAGCAAAGUUCAAGAACGUUGUUAGCAUAUGUACAAAUGUGGGGAUCGAUGAGGUUGACGAUCUUUUGGAUGGAUUACUAGAAGCUGUUGAGAGUUGA